AAUAUUGUACCAAAUAUGAAGCUUUUGGGAGUUAUUGUUGAAGUAAACCCGAAAGACCUUGUAAUCAGUCUUCCGGGAGGACUUAGAGGGUUUGUUCGUGCAGAGGAAGUAUCUGACAUUCCAACUGACGCUGAAAAUAAGGGAUCUGAAAGCAAUGUGCUCUCUACCAUUGUUUCCGUUGGCCAGCUUGUUCCUUGCGUGGUGUUACAGGUGGAUGAUGAUAAGAAAGAUGGAAAAGGAAACAAAAGAAUUUGGCUGUCAUUACGCUUAAGUUUGCUACAUAAGGGCCUUUUACUAGAUUCUGUUCAAGAUGGAAUGGUUCUUACUGCACAAGUAAAGAGUGUUGAGGACCAUGGUUACAUUCUUUAUUUUGGAGUGUCUUCCUUUAGUGGCUUUAUGCCAAGGAAUGAAGAGGAUGACAUUCAUAGGAGUGGACAACUAUUACUGUGUGUUGUUAAAAGCAUAGAUAAAGCUCGGAUGAUCAUUUAUUUAAAUCCAGAUCGAGAGUUGGCAUCGAAAUCUUUUAUAAAAGAUCUCAGGGGGUUAUCUAUUGACCUUCUAGUUCCUGGCAUGAUGGUUAAUGCUCGCGUUCAUUCUACCCUAGAGAAUGGGAUAAUGUUAUCAUUCCUUACUUAUUUUACUGGAACAGUUGAUAUUUUUAAUUUGGAAAACGUUUUUGCUGGUAGCACAUGGAGAGAUGAGUAUACGACGAAUAAGAAGGUGAUUGCUCGGAUCUUAUUCGUGGAUCCAUCAAGUAGAGCUAUUGGGCUUUCCUUGAACCGAUUCCUGGUUCAUAACAAGAUACCUCCUACUCAUGUCAAAACUGGGGAAAUUUAUGAUUCUUCACGGGUACUAAGAAUUGAUAAAGGAGUUGGUCUUCUUCUUGAAAUACCUUCUUCACCAGAGCCUUCACCGGCAUAUGUCAAUAUACGUGAUAUUUCUGAUGAAGAAGUUGUGAAGUUGGAGAAAAAAUUUAAAGAAGGUAGCACAGUUCGUGUUCGCAUUCUUGGAGUGAGACAUUUGGAAGGUCUUGCAGUAGGCACCUUAAAGGCUAGUGCUUUUGAAGGUUCAGUUUUCACUCAUUCAGAUGUUAAGCCUGGGAUGUUGGUGAAAGCUAAGGUGAUUGCUGUGGAAAGUUUUGGUGCUUUUGUACAGUUCUCAAGUGGUGUAAAAGCUCUUUGCCCUCUUCCACACAUGUCAGAAUUGGACAUUGUGAAGCCACCUAAGAAGUUUAAGGUUGGAGCUGAGUUUCUUUUUCGUGUAUUGGGUUGCAAAUCCAAGCGAAUUACUGUCACAUACAAGAAGACUUUGGUUAAAUCAAAGCUUGAUGUGCUUGCUUCAUAUGCUGAUGCUGCUGUAGGAUUAGUAGCACAUGGAUGGAUUACCAAAAUUGAAAAACAUGGCUGCUUCGUGAGAUUUUAUAAUGGAGUCCAGGGUUACGCGCACAGAUCUGAGCUUGGAUUAGACCCUGGAAGUGAGGGAGAGAGUGUAUAUCACGUUGGACAAGUUGUUAAAUGUAGAAUAAUUCAGUCAGCUCCUUCUGAGAGGAAAAGAGUCAGGGUUAGCUUGGUCAUAUCUCCUAAAAGGAUUAGUGAGAACAAGGUUCCCAAGCUGGGAAGUCUUGUUUCUGGUGUUGUUAAGCGUCUGACUCCUACAGCAGUUAUUGUUAAUGUGAACGGUUGUUUGACAGGGACGAUAGUUGAUUACCACCUAACAGAUCAGCAGGGGCAGGCCAAUUUGAUAAAGCCCCUGCUGAAGCCAGGUUAUGAGUUUGAUCAGCUUUUGGUGCUAGAUAUGGAGGGCAACAACAUAGUUCUUUCGGCUAAGUAUUCCCUCGUUAAUACUGCUAAAGAUAUUCCUUUGGAUGUUUCAGAGAUUCAGAGUCAAUCUGUUGUUCACGGCUACGUAUGCAAUAUUAUUGAUAGCGGCUGUUUUGUUCGCUUUCUUGGGCGUUUGACUGGAUUCUCACCGAAGCAUAAAGUUGCUGAUGAACAAAUUGAUGAUAUUUCCAAAGCGUUCUACGUUGGACAAUCAGUUCGUAGUCAUAUCCUUAGUGUAGAUGCUGGAUCUGGUCGGAUCAAACUCUCCUUACAGCAGUCUCUGUGCUUUUCAUCUGAUGUAUCUUUUAUUCAAGGAUAUUUUCUCAUGGAGAAGAAGAUAGCCGCACUGCAGUCUUCAAAUGGUAAAGGUCCUGAUCUUAAUUGGUCGAAGAAUUUCAGCAUUGGCAGUCUGGUUGAGGGAGAGGUUGAAGAAAUAAAAGAAUUUGGCGUUGUCUUUAGCUUCAAAGGUCAUAGUGAUGUUGUUGGAUUUGUUGCAAAUCAUCAAUUGGGAGGAGCUGAUGUUGAGGUCGGACUUGUUGUUAAAGCUUUUGUUCUGGACAUAGCUAUGUCUGAUGGUCUUGUCGAUUUAUCCCUUAAACCUGAAUUGGUUGGAAGUGCUAAUUUGGAUUUAUUAAAGAAGAAGCGUCAUCGAACUACUGCGUUGGACUUAAAGCUGCACCAAGAAGUGAAUGCAGUUGUGGAACUUGUGAAAGAAAACUAUUUGAUUCUUUCAGUCCCAGAAUAUACCUACGCCAUUGGAUAUGCCUCAAUAACAGACUACAAUGUGCAAAAGCUGCCUCACAAGCACUUCACAAAUGGUCAAAGUGUCGUUGCAACUGUUGGGGCACUUUCAAGCCCUUACACUUCUGGAAGAGUUCUUUUAUUACUCAAAACACUAGCUGAUGUUUCGGGAUCCGCUAGUUCUAAAAGGGCGAAGAAAAACUCCGGCUUAAAAGCUGGUUCUGUAGUUGAAGCAGAGAUUAUCGAUAUAAAGCCUCUGGAAUUAAUUUUGAAGUUUGGUACUGGAAAUCGUGGGAGAGUUCAUAUAACUGAUGUGCUUGAUGAUGACCAUUCCAUGGAUAGUCCAUUAAAUAAAUUUAAAAUUGGGCAACUGGUUAACGCGCGAGUCGUUGCCAAGGUUAAGUCAGGGAAGAGUGGGAAGGGUUAUCAGUGUGAGUUGUCUCUUAGACCAUCUGUGCUUACAGGAAUUAUGGAAGAGAUUGAUCGUUCUAUAAGUGAGUUCCAAUUUUCUGUUGGUGAAGUCGUUAAAGGUUAUGUUGUCAAGGUGGACAGCGAGUGGGUCUGGUUAACUGUGGCAAGAAAUGUCAUGGCCCAUCUAUUUUUUCUUGACACCUCUUGCGAACCAAAGGAACUUCAAAAAUUCCAGCAACGCUUCAGUGUUGGUCAAGCCAUCCAAGGACGCAUCUUAACUGUAAACAAAGAGAAAAAAUUGUUGAGGUUGUCGGUGAUCAAUCAGGAAGCGCUCAAGAAAAGUAGUCUGGAAACUAAAGAUUCCAAUAUAGGUGGGAGUGAACAUAUAAAUAGAGGUGAUAUUGUCGGUGGUCGAAUUAAAAAGAUUCUUCCUGGCAUUGGUGGGAUUCUUGUGCAGAUUGGGCCUCAUCUUUAUGGGAGGGCUCAUUAUUCGGAGCUUCAAGUUGAAUGGGUGCCUCAACCCUUAAAUGGUUAUGAGGAAGGGCAAUUUGUCAAAUGCAGGAUCUUGGACAUAAAUCGUUCAUCAGAGGGAACGGUACAUGUUGAUUUAUCUCUGCGUUCAUCUUCACAAGGCAUUAAUUUGGAAAUGUGCAACAAGCGGAUUGAGAAGAUAGAUGAUCUUCAUCCUAAUAUGGAUGUUCAGGGUUAUGUGAAGAAUGUUACUUCUAAAGGUUGUUUUAUUAUGCUUUCUCGAUCGAUUGAUGGUCGAAUACUUUUGUCCAACUUGUCAAAUGGAUACAUUGAAAACCCUGAAAAGGAGUUCCCAAUAGGAAAGCUUGUUCAUGGAAGGGUGCUAACUGUGGAUCCUUCAUCCAAGAAAGUUGAAGUGACACUGAAGACAGCAGCCGAAAAUGGAGUGGGAAAAUCUAGCAUAGUUAGUUUCAGUGAUUUUCAUGUUGGUGAUGUUAUUCAUGGACGAAUAAGACGGACAGAGUCAUAUGGUUUGUUCAUUACAAUUGAUGAUAGCAACAUGGUUGGUCUGUGCCAUAUAUCGGAACUUUCUGAUGAACCAAUCGAUGACAUUGAAACUAGAUAUAAAGCCGGUGAUAAAGUUGUGGCCAAAAUCCUGAAGAUUGAUGCAGAAAGGCACCGAAUAUCCCUUGGUAUGAAGAAUUCAUAUUUUGGAGAUGGCCGUGAUCCUCAAAUGGUUUCUAAUGAUGGUUCUGAUGAAGAUAAUGUUGAUGAAACUGCGACUGUGGAUAACACAUUGUUCCCUUUCCAGCAAAAUAAUAACUUAAGCUCAACCUCUAGGACAUCUGGAGACAAAAAUGGGGAUUCUGCUCUCCUUGCUGAAGCAGAAAUGAGAACUUCUGUUCUUCCUCUUCAAGUGUCUCUUGAUGAAUCAGAGGGUUCGGAUUUAGAUAAUGAAGCAAACAUCGAGCCUGUUACUAUGAAAAGUACUGAUAUCACUGAUAAAAAGAAUGACAAGCGCAUGAAGAAAAAGGCGAAGGAGCAAAGGGAACUUGAGAUAAGUGCUUCUGAGGACAGGGCCUUGCAGAAGGAUAUUCCAAGGACUGCAGAUGAAUUUGAAAAAUUGGUGCGAAGCUCCCCGAAUAGUAGCUUUGUAUGGAUCAAUUACAUGGCAUUCAUGUUAGAUAUGGCAGACAUCGAGAAAGCACGAUCAAUUGCUGAAAGGGCUCUGAGGACAAUAAACAUCAGAGAAGAAGAGGAGAAACUUAACAUUUGGGUAGCAUACUUCAAUUUGGAAAAUGAAUAUGGAAGUCCACCUGAGGAGGCAGUUAAGAAGACCUUCCAAAGAGCAUUGCAGUUCUGUGAUCCAAAGAAGUUGUAUCUCGCUCUUCUUGGGAUGUAUGAGAGGACUGAACAGCACAAGCUGGCUGAAGAGCUGCUUGAGAGAAUGGUCAAGAAGUUCAAAACCUCGUGCAAGGUUUGGUUACGUUUUGUUCAGAACUUCCUAAAGCAAGGCAAAGAUGGCGUUCAGUCUAUAGUCAACCGUGCUCUUCUUAGUUUGCACCGUCACAAGCAUAUAAAAUUCAUCUCACAGGCAGCCAUUCUUGAAUUCAAGUGUGGCGUACCAGAUAGAGGAAGAUCCAUGUUCGAAGGUAUUUUGCGUGAGUAUCCAAAAAGAACUGAUCUAUGGAGCAUUUAUCUGGAUCAGGAAAUUCGAGUUGGUGACACUGAAGUGAUUCGGGCCUUGUUUGAGAGGGCGACUUGUCUAAGUCUUCCACCUAAAAAGAUGAAGUUCCUAUUUAAAAAGUACCUAGAAUAUGAAAAGACCCGAGGCGACGAAGAAAGGAUCGAACAUGUAAAGAGGAAGGCACUGGAAUACGUGGAGAACUCACUAGCAUGAAGUGACUUGGUGCGUGAGCUGGAAUAGCGGUGGUGGGAUGCAAAUCAAGCGUUGUUUGGUUUAAAAUUAAUUAUAACUUAAAGAAGAAGAAAGGAUUUGCCACUAAGUGGUUUAUGUUUCAAAGUAUAUCCACACAAGGGGGCCACAAUAAGUGGCCUUGUGAAGUAGUACGGCUGCUCAAUGAGCCACACGGACUAGCGGGAAUUAGUUUACUGGAGUUGAGAGGUCAGCAGGUCUGAACCUAAUCAGGAUGAGGACCAUUUUGACGUCGUAGAUAGUUCUAUAGGAAGGUGAAUCAAGAGCUGUGCUAGACAUACAAAUUUUGUUAUCAAUUUCAAUGUUGUUGUAUAUAUUAUCCUUUAUUAUUUGAAACAAACAAUUGGGGUUUGGAUGAUCAGCUAAAUUCGGUUCAAUUGUCCGUUUGAUUCCUCCGAUACAGCUCUUUCUUCAUUACUUUAGUAACAUUUUUGCAAGAUAUGGUGUGUCAGAAUUGCUUAUAUGAAGUUCUGUGAUCGGACGAAGUUUUUGUA